AUGGCGAUAGUUGUGUUACUGAUAGGAAUAUUAACUCAAACAAUAUUAGCUAGUUUUCUGGGAUUUAACAAGUCCGCCGACUGCAGUAAGAAUAUUAAUAGUGGUGACACCAAUGAUAUCAAUACUAGUUAUAACAAUGGACUUGGUGCUGGUAUUGGAAUAGGUGUAGGGAUAUCUAUAGCUAUAGCAGUGAUGGUUGCUACAGCAAUAUUUAUUUAUAGAUAUUGGUCAGGCAAACGAAAGAAAGUUGAAGAAAACUACGCUGGGAUUAAUACUACGACAAGAUCUGAUGACACACAAACAUAUCAAGAAUUAAAUACAGUCAACAAUACAGCUAGAAUACAAUCAGAUAAUAGUUCUAAUGUUGAUAGAAACGAAGCUAAUAUAGAUGAUAUUAGACCAUAUGCUAAUCUUGGUAAAAGUUAA